AUGGAUGCACACAGGUCCCUUUUCGUCUGCCUGUGUCUUCUGGCUGCUCAAAGUACCCCAGCAGAAACACUGUCAGAGCUACUGCACCUGAUGAAGCGCCUUGAGCAGCCCUUUGGCCGGACCUUGUCUUCCAGAGUGAGGCAUAUCCAUCGCCUGGAGGAGAUGCUGCUCAACGCCAGCUUCCGCGGGCACAACUUGACGCUGCAGACAAACUCUAUCCAGUCUCUGGUCUUCAAGCUGGGUUGCAACUUUCCUGGCCUCUCCCUGUCCAGUGCCACCCUGACAAAUGCCUCCCAGGCCUGGGCCCCACACGCCAUGCAGUUUCCGGCUGAGCUGACCAAGGAGGCCUGUGUGACGUCCGGGCCUGCCGAGCUCCGGCUCGUCUGCAUCUACUUCUUCACCGCAGACCUCUUCCAGGAUGACAGUAACUCAUCCCUGCUCAAUAACUAUGUCCUGGGGGCCCAGCUGGAUCACAGGCCCGUGAACAACCUUCAGAAGCCGGUCAACAUCAGCUUCUGGCACAACCAAAGUCUGGAAGGGUACACAGUAACCUGUGUUUUCUGGAAGGAGGGAGCCGCCGAGCGCAGCUGGGGGGCCUGGAGCCCCGAGGGCUGUUCUACAGAGCAGCCCUCACCCUCUCAGGUUCUCUGCCACUGCCACCACCUCACCUACUUCGCGGUUCUCAUGCAGCUCUCUGCAGACCCGGUGCCCGCUGAACUACAGGUGCCCCUUGAGUACAUCUCCCUGGUGGGCUGCAGCAUCUCCAUUGUGGCCUCCCUGCUCGCCAUACUCCUGCAUGCCCACUCCAGGAAGCAAAGUGACUCCAUCUCACGCAUCCACGUGAACCUGCACGGCUCUGUUCUGCUCCUGAAUGUCACCUUCCUUCUGAGCUCCCAGAUGGCCCCGCUCCCAGUGCCCAGGUCGGUCUGCCUGGUGCUGGCUGCCACCCUACACUACGCACUGCUCAGCUGCCUUACCUGGAUGGCCAUCGAAGGCUUCAACCUCUACCUUCUCCUGGGGCGCGUCUACAAUGUCUACAUCCACCGAUACCUGCUCAAGCUCUGCGUGCUGGGCUGGGGGUUUCCCGCCCUCCUGGUGCUGUUUCUUCUGGUGGUCAAGAGCUCAGUGUACGGGCCCUGUGUGAUCUCUUUCUUCAAUAGCCAGGAAAACGGCACAGCCUUCCAGAAUGUGUCCAUGUGCUGGGUGAGCAGUCCCAUGGUACACAGGGUCCUGGUCAUGGGCUAUGGUGGCCUAACAUCUCUGUUCAACCUGGUGGUGCUAGCCUGGGCUCUGUGGAUCUUGUGUAGGCUCCGGGCUCGGGAGAAGGCACUGAGACCCUGGGCCUAUCGGGACACUGUCUUGGUGCUGGGCCUCACUGUGCUACUGGGCACCACCUGGGCCCUGGCCUUCUUCUCCAUCAGUGUCUUCUUGCUGCCUCAGCUCUUCCUCUUCACCAUCUUCAACUCGCUCUAUGGUUUCUUCCUCUUCCUGUGGUUCUGCUCACAGAGGCAUUACUCAGAUGAAGCCAAGGCAGAGAAGGAGGCAGUCAGCUCCUCCCAGAUGACACACUAAUCCAGCUCCCAGCCUGCAGCCUCAGCCUCUCCUACUCCCAGCAGCCCACAGCCCUGGCUCGUCCAGGGAAGGCGGUGGGCUGGUUGUGGAACACCAGAGUCCGCUGUACCCUCCCAGGGAUCCUUUUCACCUCUCAGAAUUACCUAGGGCAGAAGACAGCGCGUGGAUCCUUGUCCUGGUCCUUCAUACCUGAGUGCAGUUCCAUUGGCCAGACUAUGGACAGAGCACAGGCCUGCGAGCCAGGAGGCUAAGCCCGACUGGACCACACCUGCUCAGCACUUACAGAUACUCACACUGUCGUGGCCUAUGCCUGGGGCCACUCUUCCUUCUGUCAGUCCCAACUGAUGACGACUUCAACUUUCUAUCUUUCCAAAGGCCAAGAAAUCCAGCCCUUCCCCCUCCUUAGCCCCCACAGGUGGUGUAGACCAGCAGCCAAAGCCAGGCCUCUGUCUCUUCCCUGAAACAGAGCCAGCUGGGCUCGAGGGCUCUAGCUCCUAAAUCAUUGUGUAGGACCGGAUUUUCCUGGUGGACAUGAGGGUGUGUGUUCAAAAUCUACAAACUCGGCCCACAAUGGGAGAGAAUCUGCGCUGCUUUAGACCUGCCUGCCUGUCAGACCAGGUGGGAGACAGUCCGUGCUUUCCCCAGGAUGGACAGUAGGGGGCACUGUUGGCUUGUGCGCCAAGGCAUUAGCUCCAAAAUUGCCCCUGGAAAUGCAGCUGUUACCUGUCUGAGGGCCCAUCGACCAGUAAGAGAGUCUGGGACCUCCAAUGCCUUUGGCUUUCACACAUCCAUCGUCUUUCACUGUGCAGCUGAACAAGGUCACAUUUAGGGGUUUGUGCCCAGGCACUCCUAACACCAGAGCAGCUGGUUGGGGUAGAUUCUCCAUCAGACACACAAUGUCCUUGAACCACAAAAAGGGAAUCAGAGUUGGAUGACAUCCUCCUGGCAUGGGGGGUGGGGGUCCUCUGCCUUUCUGGGCAUUUCUGGGUAAUCAUGACUCCAUCCUCCCAGGGGGUCUUCUGCCUUUCUGGGUGUUUCUGGGUAAUCAUGUACUUAGCUCCUCACUGGCUGAUGAGUGUGUGACAGGCUCUGGACCAGGCUGCCUCCACUCAGAUGCCCGGUCUGUGGCUGUGGGCAAGUCCUCCAACCUCUUUGUGCCUUAGUUUCUCCAUCUUCAGCAGGUAUACAACAGUAGGAACUCUUUGGGAGAGUCAGUAAAAGAGAAAAUCCACUUCAGUCUUACUACAUGAGGCCUCAGUAAACGUUUACUGCUAUUAUGAGAUGUAUAUUACCAUUAUUAUUAUUGUUGUUAUUAUUAUUAUUAUUAUUGUGUGUGUGUGUUAUAUGUGCACAUGUGUGUACUGGUGCAGCAUCCUUGCACAUGUGUACCGGAGCCAGAGAAGGACGUUGAGUGUUCUGUUCUAUGACUCUUUGCCUUAUUCCCUUGAGACAGGGUUUCUCACUGACCAUGGAGCUGGGCUGAUGGCCGGCAACCCCGGCGGUCCUCUACUUUCACCCCUGACACACCAACACAUCAGUGCUGGGGUGACAGGCUCAUGUGACACACUUGGCUUUUUACACAGGUGCUGGGAUGUGAACUCAGGUCCUUGUGCCUGCGCACAAAUGCUUUUAUGUACUAAACCAUCUCUUCAAUCCCUGUUACUGUUGUCAACAGUUUCAAUGGAGGCAGGCUGGGGAGGUCCCAGGCUGGCGCUGUGUGACCGCACAGCUCCUCCUUAGGCAUAUCCUUCCAUUCCUAUUCUGUGGCCUUCUCCUUGACUUUUCUUGGAGGAGGACCUUGCUCAGCCCUUCUGGCCCCGACUGUGCCAGGGAUAUUCCAGGAAACCACAGGCUAGCCAUAUCUCCACUCCCAGUCUCUGAGUCCGCCAUUGGUCCAUUUAUCACAUCUUCCAUGAAGCCUCCCCAGGUGUACCUCAGGGAAGGCCUCUUUCCCACUCUGGGUUCAGGCAAUAUCCUCCACCAGGUCCCCAUGGUUAGGCCAGCAUGAAGAUCCUUGGGCUGGGUCUCCAUGCUAACAAAGGUGCUGGGGGAUCUUUGGACAACUCGGUGGGGGGUUGGGGGGUGAAGCAGGGCCUUGCUUGAGCCCAGGACCUGGCCUCUCAGAACCAGGAAACCAGAGUCACCCAAAGAAGGAUGUGGCCACAAUGACAGCCCUAAGCCUGUGGCUCUGAGCCUCACUGAGGCCCAGGCUCUGGGGUAGCGCUUCAUGUAAAUACCCCAGUGGAGAUGUGGAGUUGGGUUGGACAGAGGAGGUACGGGCUGUCAGGUCGACUCCAACUGUCCUUCAGUCUCCCCAGCAGAUUCAGCCUAGGUGGUGGACCAGCUUCUGGACUUCCAGACCGGCAGGAAGGCAGAAGGGUCUGGGAUGGAGUUUGGGGACGCUGCUCAGAGUAAGGGCUCUGAGGGGGCACUCGGUAAAGAGCUGACAGUGUGGGAGGUCAGGAAGGCCCUGGGCAGUGUGGGUGCAUGAUGGCUCUUGAAAAGAGAAUUUCAGACAGUGCAAAGGAAUUUCACUUUGGAAGACAUGCUUAUACUAAAAAGUUACUCGUUUAUCUGAAAUUCAAAUUCGGCCUCAUGUCCCAUAUAUCUAUUUUUAUUUUUGCUAAAUCCAACCCUAAUUAAAAAGUAUUGGCUUAGGAGUCUAGGGUUUGGGCUCUUCAUCUUUCAGAUCACCAUAACCAAUACCAACUGAGCAGCUCCUCUGCCCGUCAACUGAGCCCACUCACACAGCCCGCUCAGCAUGCUCUUCCACCAGCAGAAACCCCCAACUGGCCCCACUGCAUCAUCAACCCGCUCGGAACCAGCCCCCGUCUGGACAGAACCACUUUACAGGCCCCUUUCCCUCCCCAGAAGCCAGAGGAAACCUCCUGCCCUGCAGCCUCAGCAUGUUCUCUCCACAGCUGAAGUCAUCACCACCAAACUAUCAGUGGAUCUUGGGAGCACAGGGAGGUCUGACCUGUGACCCCUCUCCAGCCCAGUUUCCCUUCCUCAAUCUUGCCACACCAAACAACUUUUAUUUCCAGAGAGCAUCCUUCUCAUCUUUGGGCUGGUCUUUUUUUUCUGGGACAUUCUCCCCGAUGGCUUUCGUUUGUGGAAUGAUGGCUAUAUAUCCUUAGCAUCUCAGCUCGGUCCAUCCCCAGGCCCCUCCAGCCCAGGCCCGGGCAGAGAAGUCCCUGACCUCCAGUCUGGAUGGAGGUUUCUCUCCACCCCUUUCCCCACAGCAGAAGUUACUUCUCCGUCUUGUAACUGACUGUCCCUGUCUGGCUCAGCUGCCAGACGGAGAGCGUUUGGAGACAGGUGCUGUGUCUCAUUUGCUCAUUCAUCCAUCAUAUAAUGGUUUAGCACUUAUAUUUUAGGCAUUGCACUAGUUGCUAAGGCUAUAUAAAUGAACAAGUCAUCACAUUCUAGUGUGGGGGUGGCCUACAAGAAGCAGUUUAGCAAACGGAUAUAAAAUGUGACAGCUGGUAACAUGGACUGUGAAGAAACACAAAAGAAAGUGAGAAGUGGGGGCUGAAA